CAGAACUAUCAGUGGGCUCACAGGCUGUACCUCGAGGCAGGAGGAGCAGCUGGACCGACGGUGUGACCAGUUCAGCGCAGAAUCACAGACCUGGAUCGAACACAGAGACAGAGGCACAGACUGAAGUUUCAGACUUCAAAGAUAUGUCUGGCA